AUGAGGGGUGCUAUUCUGGCCACCGCGGCCGCCAUCGCGGGCACCGCCAUGGCCGAUGUCGCGCACAUGCGUCGUCACGGCCACGAUUCUUUCCACCAGCGUCGUGCUCUGUCUCAGCCUGUCCCCGAAGCUGAUGCUACCUGCGGCUGCACCACCGAAGUCGUCACUGUCUGGGGCUCCCCUACCCUGAUCCCCGUUGCGACUCCCACUCCCAGCACCGUCACUUCCGAGGCUGUCACCACUUUGCACUCGACCAGCACCAGCACCGUGACUGUUGUUGUCAGUCCCUCCAGUUCCGCGGCCAGCUCGGCCCCUGCUACCCCUAAGGUCCCUCUGCCCACUCCCGGCGUCACCACCUUCCCCUCGACUGGUGUCUUCACCAUUCCCGCCACCACUUUGACCGUGACCGACACAACCACCGUGUGCGGAGCUACCACCACCGAGCUGCCCAGCGGUACUCAGACCUACGGUGGUGUCACCACUGUGGUUAAGACCUCGACCACCGUUGUCUGCCCCUACGCCACCGUUGAGCCCUCUGGCACCACCGUGACCAGCGUGAUCAAAACCACCACCUACGUCUGCCCCACUCCUGGCACCUACACCAUUGCCCCCACCACCACCUACGUCCCUACCAGCACCGUCGUUGUCUACCCUACUCCCGCCGUUAUCACUCCUGGUACCUACACUCAGCCUGAGCAGACUGUGACCGUCACCCGUACCGACUACACUUAUGUCUGCCCCUUCACCGGCCAGAACGAGCCCACCUCUGCUCCUGCUGCCCCUAGCACCACUGCCGUUCCUGCCACCACCACCGCUGUGCCCUCCACCAGCGUUGCUGCCCCCUCCAGCUCCAGCAGCGCUCCUGCUUCCACCGGUGCUGUCAGCGGCCAGAUGGGUAUGACCUACACUCCUUACACCAAGGGUGGUGAGUGCAAGGACAAGGCCUCCGUCCUCUCCGAGGUCGCCAACCUCAAGAGCAAGGGUUUCUCCCACGUCCGUGUCUACUCGGUCGACUGCAACAGCUUGGAGUACAUUGGUGAGGCCGCCCGGACUUCUGGUCUCCAGAUGAUCCUUGGUGUCUUCAUCACCAGCACUGGUGUCUCCGGUGCACAGGACCAGGUUACCUCUAUCUCCAAGUGGGCCCAGUGGGAUCUCGUCAGCCUGAUUGUUAUCGGUAACGAGGCUAUCCAAAACGGCUACUGCGACGCUUCCACCCUUGCUGGCUUCAUCGCCUCUGCCAAGUCCUCCUUCCAGGCGGCCGGCUACAGUGGCAAGGUCACUACCACCGAGCCCAUCAACGUCUGGCAGGCCUCUGGCUCCGCUCUGUGCGGUGUUGUCGACAUCAUUGGUGCCAACAUCCACCCCUUCUUCAACGCCGAUGUCUCUGCCGACCAGGCCGGCAAGUUCGUUGCUCAGGAAAUCAAGGUCCUUGAGGGCAUCUGCCCUGGCAAGGAUGUUAUCAACCUGGAGACUGGCUGGCCUCACUCUGGUAACGCCAACGGCAAGGCUGUUCCCGGUCCCUCCGAGCAGGCUAUCGCCAUCAAGUCCAUUGCCGAGGAAGUCGGCUCCAAGUCUGUCUUCUUCUCCUACUUUGAUGACCUAUGGAAGGAGCCUGGCCAGUUCGGUGUCGAGCAAUAUUGGGGUUGCUUCGAUACCUUCAACUAA